AGAAAAAAACCCGGAAGCCAAACUCGGCGGGUAACCCGAAAUCUGCCGGGUAAAGAAAAAUCCGAGUGAAAAGAAAAAUGGAGGUGCUCGGAGCUCGAUGGUGGAGGAAGUCAUGAAAAUUGAAGAUUGACUCGGUCUGUAUAAAAAAUCGAUCCACAAUUUGCACGCGAGUGAAUGGAGCCUCCGUCGUUCCAAGAAGCUCCGCGCUGCGACGUCUGCAAAUGCAGCUUUAACGCUUUCAGGCGACGGCAUCAUUGCCGGUCUUGUGGGCGGACGUUGUGCCACGAACACUCGGCAAACCAAAUGGCUUUACCACAGUUUGGCAUUUAUUCACCCGUUAGAGUUUGCAGUGAAUGUUUCAAUGACUCCUCUCGAACUACCAAAGGUGACGGACAAGCUUCUUCAGAUGGAAUUGAUGAUGUAACAGCUUCAGUUUCUAGAUUGGACAUUGAUGCAGAUGUAGAUCCAAAGGCUGAACCAACUGUACAGUGUCAGCCUGUGUCAGCCAUUUCAGACUGCAAGUGUGGAAUGCCCUUAUGUAUUUGUGAAGCGCCAGCACCAUCCGUGGAUGCAGCUCCCUUGCAGAGCAAAACCAUGUCCACCUCUGCUCCUCGACCGACUCCAAAACCGAAGAAGACAGAAACUGCUUUAAAACCCAAAGCUUCCACGUCUAACAGCAAGCAGAGUUCUGUCUUCAAUCUUGGUCAAGCGAACAACGGAAUUUCUGAUAAAACCCAGACAGAUUAUGAAGCCAAUGGGGAGGGUAUGAGAGAAGCUAUAAAGAAUAGUGACGUUGCUGCCGUCAAGAAGCUUCUGAGUGAGGGUGUUGAUGUGAAUUACCAUGACAAGCAAGGACUUUCUUUGCUACAUUUAGUAUGCUCUCUCUCUCUCUGUUGUGUCUGUGCAUGUAUCAAUGGUUCCAGGGCUUAUAUUUCUUUUUGUGACACUAAUGUCAGGCAGCAGUCUUUAAUCAAACUGAGAUUGUUUUUGCCCUCAUGGAUGGUGGAGCAAGCCUGGACUACAAGAAUGCACAGGGGGAAACACCAUUGGACUGUGCUCCCGCCACUCUCCAAUACAAAAUGCGACAGAAGAUGGAAGAAAAUAGAAGACCGUGAGGACUGUAUUGAGCGAUGUAUAACCAUUUUUAAGAUACGUGUGCAAGUCAUUUGUUUCCGCUCGAGAAGUUUUUUUGACAAACUACCUGAUGGGUUUCUGUUAUAUAUUGUUAUAUAUGAUACGCCUGGCAAAGGGCACAAUGCUACAUUUUUGGAGUGUCAAGAGAUCUCUCCGAUGGCAUCGGAAAUAUCAACUUCUGUUUGUGAUAGGGGAAAGGGGGGAUCACACUAACCUGGGUAUUGAUGCGAAUUAUGCAAUAAAGUUUUUGCUUUUGUGGCUAUGGUAUUUGGUAUUUGCUGAAUCAUAUGGCAUCAUAAACUUUGCUCAA